AUGUGUGCCUGUUUCCUGUCAUAGUUGGUGUGUUUUGCUGGAUGGAACUGGCUUUCAAGUGGCUCUUGCCUUCAUGACUUCUGUGUCCUGUCUUUGCUCCCAAUGUGAAGAGCUUUGGCAGUGUAGAAAUAACUUCGAGGCAAGUGUUCCUGCAAGUAAUUACUAGAAUUUUGGCGAAGAAGAAAGUUCCCAUCAAACCAACGUUUUGCUUCUGAUUUACCAUUCAGAAGAUCAGUAGCAGGCUCCUUUCAUCGUUGCGAAGCUGCAGAAUGGCAUUUUCAUUUUGACUUGGGUAGAAGUGUGACCCAGUGAGAAAUGGCUGAUCGGUCUCCUGCACCUGGUUCACCAGGUCGUAACAGAGAGGCAGUGGAUGGUCUAAAGCAAAAUGUUAUCAAACGUGCACCCUAUUUCAUUCCGGCAGGCUUUGCAGCUCUGAUCUGGGCGUAUGUCGUUGGUGCGUUUGGCCUGUCUCUGCUAUGGCUGGUUGUGCCGGUGGUUGUGAUGUGGCUGGUGCUGCGAGAGCAGUAUUUAGCACUCAUUGAGAAUCUUGUAUAUGAAGUCAGCACAAGAGUGUUCCGACAAAGGGCAUUUCGCAAAGCAGAAUCUGCGGAAUGGGCAAAUAUUCUACUGAAUCGAUGGUGGGCGUGUAGUUCGGAGUCGUUAUUUGACACCUUCACCAGCUCUCUCAAUCCUCUACUGCAUGAUUUCAAGCCCAGCAUCAUUGACACCAUCGAGCUAACUGAAGUUCAGCUAGGUGGGCACACACCGUUUGUCAAGGAUGUGUCCAUACUGGAAGUGGCAUCUGCCAUGGGUGGUGCUGCGGAGGUGCAAGUGCUGACUCCGGAAAACUCUCAGGUCCAGCCGUCCAACUUGAGCCAGCUACCAUGCCGACACCAAGUGAUUCUCAACGCAACCAUUGGCUUUGCAGCUCCCAAUGCACAGCUUACAUUCAAGACCAAAGUAAAAACUGUUGGUGCCGUUCUAGCUAUACAGCUGGAGAACUUCCACUUCAACGCACACACACAGCUGGUGCUGACGAUAGACAGCGAGGCGCCGUUUCCGCACUUCACUAAUCUUUCAUUUACCUUCCUCUCAAAACCUGACGUCUGGUUGAACAUUCGUGUACUGAAAGGUCUUCAGAUCAUGCAGCUUCCAAUCAUCAAAAACUGGUUGCAUUCAUUGAUCAUGGACAGCCUAAAAGAGACUCUGGUUGACCCAUACCGCUACUCAGUGGACAUCACGAAUAAGGAGAAUGACAGUAUGGUUGGCAAAGGAGAUCAAGCAUCCGGUGUGUUGACAGUUGUGUUGGAGAACCAUGGUCUUGCCACAAACGACAACAUUUCAUGUUGGUGUAGCGUUCGCGUGGGUGAUCAGAAGUACAAGACGGCCGUAUGCUCUUCUAAACAAGCAUGGAAGACAGCAUACUCAUUCCUCUGUAACGACCCUGCUGAAGAAUCGCUGGUGCUGAAGGUGAUGACCCGUAAGAUGAUGCGUAAGUCUACGUUAUUGGAGCAUCCAACCAACCUGUCCACCCUGGCACCCAGACCGGCCAGACCAGCAUCUAGAGCUAGUGAAGGCAAGCGUCGUAGCUACAGUGCCGGUAGUGGAAGUACCAGUGACGCUGGAAGUUUUGCUGCUGGUGCUGCUGGUCUGGAGAAUUUGGAGACCGUGUCCAGACACCACAAUUUCACGUAUCGUGGUGGCCAGUUGGACAUGGACAUUUCCUAUUCACCACUUAAGCCCAUAUCUCUAUCAGCAGACACCGCCAUGUCACCGUCACCCGCACCACAAACACCAUCGGACUCGGAGUGCUUCUCUGGAGUGAUGUACGUGUGCAUGCAUAGUGCUGCAAACCUACUGGCUAUGGAUGAUGACGGCACCAGUGAUCCCUACUGUGUGCUGAUGCUCAACAGGCGCAAGGUGUUCACGUCCAAUUUCCAAGUGAAUACACUUGAUCCUGUGUGGGAACAAGGUGUGGAGUUCUUCACGGCAGACUAUCGCAAGGCUUGUCUGACUUUCUUGCUGUAUGACUGGGAUGGUCGUGUUAGUGGCGAUGAUUUCCUGGGACUGACCACUCUUACAUUAGAACAGGGCGAAUUCAGCGUUGUUCGCCGGGUGAUGAAUCUUCGACUUCACCGUCAUGAGAGCAAAUCCAGCACGCAAGAGGAAAGUGAGAGUGUACUGGCUGAAGAAAGAAGCGCGUCGCCCACUACUCCGGAAGCACCGGGUCGCUUUUCAUCUGCCUUGGGCAGACUGAAGUCGUUGACUGAGAUAGGUCACCGUCGACAACUGAAGUCUGGCUCAAGCUCUCUUGACAUGUCACCAGGCUGUGUCACAAUCUCUGUUGUCUUCAGACCAGUGAAAUCUGUAGCACUGUCUGAGACUACAAUGAAGGUCGUACCAACAGCUGAUGAAGUGGCUGACCUAGCUCUGCAAGGUGGUCUAAACAUUGCCAGACUUGAGGGUGGCGGUGCAGGUGAUGCCGCGUCUGUUCCAAACCGCGUCGAAUACGGUCUUGCCUCACCGGGUGUUAUUCACAUCAUUAUUCACAGAGCAAGAGAUCUCAUGUCCAAGGACAUCAAUGGGAAGAGUGACCCGUACUGUAUUGUGAAAGUUGGUAAAGCAGUACGUUACAAGACACGCGUCAUUCCCAAGACCCUACAUCCACAGUGGGAAGAGUCCUUCACCAUUGAGUACUUGAAAGAUGAUGAGAAGUUAACCAUUGUGUGUUUUGACAAGGAUACACUAUCGGAUGAUGCACUUGGUACCAUUCAGCUUGACAUGGAUAUGAUAACAAGUUGCUCGACUGGUCCCAGUUGGUUUUCUCUGCAGAACGUUGCUCACGGCAAAGUUCAGCUCUCUUUCAACGUCGAGCAGUCUGUUGGACCUGUUUCAACAUCGUCCGAUGACAGUCACAGUCCAUCCCCGAUUGCCGCAUCAAGCAGUGCCCCAUCUCACUGCCCUUCAUCAAUAUCCUCUGUGUCAGCCAUGUCACAUGUAGACAGUGGAAGUAACAUUCUCCAAGCUGCAGUAGCAGCCGCAGCAGCCGGGACAUCAGUGACUGCAACACCUGAUGCUGAUAGUGCAGACCAGCACGGUGCAAGUAAAACUGCCGUGACUGCUGGUGCUGCUGCUGGUGAUAGUGUAGUUUCCUCGUCAUCUGUAUCAAGCAAAACUCGUUCUGGCAAGCUUCGGUCUGGUGCUGGUCACCAUCGCUCCAGGUCAAUGGACAAUGGGUCCAAAUCUCCUGGGCCAGCAGCGGCGGCGGCUGGAUCACGUCUUAGCGGAGAGCAACACACACCUGCAUCCAAGCAACUCUCCGGUUCGUAUGAUGGAGUGAAUCUCAAAUCAGGCAGUGAAAUAAACUCAACACACUCUGUCAAUAGCAAUGUGUCAGAUCCUGAUGUAUCAGCAACAUCUACUGAGACAGCGGCAGAUGGGAACGGUGUACGUCAGCGUCGUCUUUCAAGGCAGUCUACUGCUACACAAGGCUCUGCUCCUUUUUCUCCGCUUUCCAAUCGCUCUCAGCUAUUCUACCUCUCAGGGACUGUCAUACGCGCUGACGGCUUGAAAGGAGAGGCUGAUUCUCUGGAGUUGUAUGUCAAGAUUCGUCUGAACACCCGAUCAUUCUUUGAACGUCCACAGCCAUUCUCGCGAGGUCCAGAAAUCUACAAAUCACGUCGUGUCAAGGGAACACUGACGCCAGAAUGGAGAGAGACAUUCCAGGUUGAGGAGGCAUCAGUAUCAAGUGAUUCCCUGCUGACUAUUGACUUGAAGAGUAGUUCUAAGACAACCAUUGGCACACAGACCAUCGUGCUGGAGAAGUUCAUGGAAGGAUUAACACAGAAAACCAAGUGGCUCAACAUGGGCAAUGGUGCGCGUGUGGAGCUAUCUCUAGCCUGUCAACAUGCUCCACCAUCACCAAAUGGCACAUCCGCAUCCUCCUCCUCACAGUCUUCCAGUGUGAAGCGCUCUGGUAGCUUCUUCCGCCGGCAAAAGAACCAGUAAUGCUGCUGUUGCUGUGUAGUUUAGAGUGUUGCUAUCAGUUGGGCCUACGUUACUACUCAGCCGAUGGUGGGUGUGUGUGUGUGUGUGUGUGUGUGUGGGUGUGUGUGUGUGUGUGUGUGUGUGUGUGUGUGUGUGGGUGUGUGUGUGUGUGUGUGUGUGUGUGUGUGUGUGUGUGUGUGUGUGUGUGUGUGUGUGUGUGUUACAAUAAGUCGUGUACAUACAUUACUCAAAUGUGUGUUACAUGGAUUGAUGCAGUUGCCAGCGGUUUGGUUUGGACUGCCAUUCCACUAUGGAGUGUGUUACUGGUCGUGGUUUGACGAUGGCGCAUUGUGUGUGUGUGUGCGUAUGUGAGAGGGGGUUGGUCAUCAAUGACGGUGAACAACAUUCCCCUGUGCGGGUGGCUGUUCACUUGGUGUGCAACUGGACCAGUGUGCGUAGUAAUAAUUGGUCUCUUUCAUCUGCACUUCCACGGAAUCACACGAACGCUAGCCUGUACAUGCUAGCCUGUACAUGCUAGCCUGUGUGUGUGUAUGGUACAUUUACACUGGACUCUGUAGGACAUAGCGAGUAAAAUUGUUGUUUUUAGUUAGACGUAGCGGCCUUGCUCAGCUACAAUUACAGCUUGCAGUAUUAUGUUAUAAUCUGUAUGGAUUAUGUCAUGGUCUGUAUGGAUUGUGUCAUGGUCUGUAUGGAUUAUGUCAUAAUCUGUAUAGAUAGGAAUGGUCAUUUUCUGUCAGCUUUUUUGUUUUGUUUUUAUCAAUGGCCCACUACAACAUGUAACUAAAAGAGAUGUUCUAAUAUCAACAGCCAUUCCCGACUAUUAUUUAAUUGCCACCAUCCAAUGUUGUAAUGCAGCUACCGUAUAUGGCUGUGUUGCAUUGCAGCACGUACAGUGAACAUGACAUGUAGCUGUUACAGCAGCAGCAGCUCCAGUAUUGUGUGUGUUCACUGGCCCGCUCAUUCUGUUGCCUCUUGCAUGCUGUAAAACAGACAGCACUAGAUUUUUUGUUAGUCCCGAUGUCCGCGGGACAUUCUCACUGUAAAUACUUUUUUUCAACUUUCAAUGGCUCUUGUUUCCAUGGUUACCGACUGCACAUAGCUCUUGAUGAUUCCCUUUCCUGAAGUAGAGAUGCCCUGCUGCUCAAUUCUAGUAAUGCCUCUGUCCUCACCGUUGCCAUGGCUCCAUCCUCACCGUUGCCAUGGUUCUGUCCUCACCGUUGCCAUGCUGAUAGCUGUUGCACUGCCAUCAUCACUCACUGACACUAGAAAGUAACAUAAUUGAUUAUAAGACUGCAUGCUGUGUAGCUUCAGUUCUAAUGCUAGUAGCAAUACUGCCAAUAGUGGUUUAUCUCUUACUCAUGGUCUUCACCUGAUCUUUCUAUGAGCCUGACCCAUGUCAUGGCCGCAACCAUGUUCAGAAUGCCACGCUGGGUUUUGAUGAAUUUGGCCCGGUUCAAUA